AGCCCUGGUCAAACCUGCCUUUUGCAGGCGUCCCCAAAUCAGCGCUUCUUUUUCGACAAGGAGGGAGAGAGAAAGAGAGAUUUGGGAAACACGGAAUUUCUCUGGAAUUGGUUGGCCUCUCCGCCCUUUUCCUUGCAUGGAGGAAGGAUUUGGCUUUUGCAUGUCUGCAGGAAAGGUGCCUCCAGUAUCCUUUGAGGAAGUAGCCGUGUCCUUCAGGGUGGAGGAAUGGGCCCUGCUGGGUCCAGGCCAAAGGAAGCUCUACUGGGAGGUGAUGCAGGAAAAUUACGACACCCUGGCCUCGCUUGGGGCCCACAAUUCCCAGAAGGACUUGAGAGCACCAGAGUGGUCCACCCUCUCUUUCCUAAGCAUUGACGACUGUGAGGUUUCAGCUGGAGAUAGGAAAGAAUAUUUGGAAUUCACUGGGGAGUCUUGUUUCCCCCAGAUGGCUGUAGAAAGUGGAUUUUGCUCGUCUGCAGGAAAGGCAGCCCCGCAGUCCUUUGAGGAGGUAGUUGUGUCUUUCACUGCAGAGGAAUGGGCUGUGCUGGAUCCAGGCCAAAGACAACUCUACUGGGAAGUUAUGGAGGCAAAUUAUGAGACCGUGGCCUCUCUUGUUGCAGAUGUGAGGGAAAUGGUGGGUGAGAAGGAACCAGGAAGAGUGAUCAAGCAAAUGAAUCAAGACCUCAAUGUGGAAGCAAACUCUAGGGAUCAAGAUGUACUAAAGAGGGAGCAGGGAAGGAACAGGGAAGGAAAACAAAAGGCAAGGAAGGAGCUGAUUGCCCAUCCGAGAAGGGAGAUGCCUGAGGUCCCAGCCCAGGAUAAAUUACAGAUGAUAAAAAGAAAGCAUAAUUGUCCUCUCUAUACAAAAGGGGUCAGCUGCAAAUCCAGUAGUAAAAAAUAUCAGAGUAUUAAAACAUACUGGGAAACAUUUAAAUGCUUGGAAUGUGGAAAGAUCUUCUCCAAAAGUACCCAACUAACUAUACAUCAAAGGGUUCACACACAGGAGAAGCCAUUUAAAUGCUUGGAGUGUGGAAAAUGUUUCUCUCAGAAAAGUCACCUAACUACACAUAAAAAGGUUCACUCAGGGGAGAAGCCAUAUCAGUGCUUGGAUUGUGGGAAGAACUUCUCACAGAAAGGCAGUCUAACUUCACAUCAAAGGGUUCACACAGGAGAAAAGCCAUAUGAAUGCUUGCAAUGUGGAAAGAGCUUCUCUCAUAAAUGCAACCUAAAUAAACAUCAGAAGGUUCACACAAGGGAGAAGCCAUAUAAGUGCUUGAAGUGCGGAAAGAAAUUCUCUUGGAAUACAGCCCUAAUUGUACAUCAGAAGGUCCACAAAGGGGAGAAGCCAUAUGAAUGCUUGGAGUGUGGAAAGCACUUCUCUUGGAAUAGUCACCUAACUGAACAUCAGAGGGUUCAUGUGGGGGAAAAGCCAUAUGAAUGCUUGGAGUGUGGAAAGAGCUUCUCUCGGUAUAUCUACCUAAAUCAACAUCAAAAGGUUCACACAGGGGAGAAGCCAUAUGAAUGCCUGGAGUGUGGAAAGAGAUUCUCUUGGAAUGUAGUCCUAACUGCACAUCAGAGGAUUCACACAGGAGAGAAACCAUAUAAAUGUUUGAAGUGUGGAAAGUGCUUCUCUCAGAAUGCCCACCUAACUACACAUCAGAGGUCUCAUACAGGGGAGAAGCCAUAUAAAUGCUUGGAAUGUGGAAAAUGCUUCUCUCAGACAAGCACCCUCACUAAACAUAAAAAUGUUCACAUGGGAAAAAACAUGUAUGUUGGAGUUCAUGAAAACAAAAGCGUCAUCAUUCCUUCCAGAGUGCCUGAUCUCUGCAUCAAUGAAGCGGCCGCUGUGGUCCACAGUGGCCAUCAGGAGGAUGGAGGAGAAUUUUUUGUGGUUGGCAUAGGAAAGCUAGUCCCUUUGCAGGAUCUGUGUCUUUGUUUAUCAGGCUUCUGUUUUGGGCAUCUGGAUGAGAAUCUGGUGAGCUGGGGGUGGGUAGAUGCAGUACAAGCCCCAAAGCAGAGAGGAAGAAUGAGUGAAAACAUGGGCUGUGAAAAGACACCUGUUGUGCCUCCUCUGCUAUCUUCUUUGUGCGAGGAAGUGAAAGCCACCAUGCAGGCAUUUCAGGCUCAGGUGUCCUUUGAAGAAGUGGCUGUGUAUUUCACCAAGGGGGAGUGGGGCCUUCUGAGCCCAUCCCAAAGAGUUCUGUACAAGGAAGUCAUGCUGGAGAAUUUUGGGAGCGUGGCCUCUCUGGGUCCUAUGAUUACCAAACCUGACCUCAUAUCCUGGCUGGAAGAAGAGCAAGAGCACUUUUUUCAUGGCUGUGAAGAAGUGCAAGGAUUGGCAGGUGAGCGGGAGACAGCAAAUGAAAGGAAAGGGCAUCCAGAGAUGGAGAAAGAAAAUACAUAUCCAGAUUGGAAACAGAAAGUUCAAUAUUGCGAUGUACUGAGGAAGGAGGAGAAAAAGCACCAACAUACAGGGAGGAAAAAAUCUGGUCUUUUCCAGGGUGAUAACAUUUAUGACAUUCCAUUACUUCAAAAAUUAUAUAAAGAAAACAAUGAGAAUGAAUUCCUUGCAAGUGGGGAAAAUUUACCCGAAAAUUCCAGCUUUUAUAUGAGAUGGAAUGCCUGUAACAAGAAGAAAAUAUUUAAAUGCUUGGCAUGUGGAAAAAUCUUUGGGCGGAAGGAUAAGCUAACUUCCCAUCAAAGAACUCACACUGGGGAGAAACCAUACAAAUGCCUGGAAUGUGGAAAAACCUUCAGUCAGAGGGCACAUCUUACUUGCCAUCAAAGAAUUCACACAGGAGAGAAAAGAUAUAAAUGUCUGGAAUGUGGGAAAAGCUUCACUCAAAGUGGAAACCUUGCUUCCCAUCAAAGAAUUCACACAGGGGAGAAAAUAUAUAAAUGCCUGGAGUGUGGAAAAAGCUUCAAACACUCUGGAAGCCUUACUACCCAUCAAAAAAUUCACACAGGAAAGAAACCAUAUAAAUGCAUGAAGUGUGGGAAAAACUUUGGACGGAGGUACAUCUUAACUUAUCAUCAAAGAAUUCACACAGGGGAAAAACCACAUAAGUGCUUGAAAUGUGGAAAAAGCUUUGGGCGGAAGGAUGAACUAGCUUCCCAUCAAAGAAUUCACACAGGGGAAAAACCAUACAAAUGCCUGGAUUGUGGAAAAAACUUCAGUCACAGUGGAAACUUGACUUCCCAUCAAAGAAUUCACACAGGGGAGAAAAUAUAUAAAUGCCUGGAGUGUGGAAAAAGCUUCCAUCGAAGUGCAAACCUCACCUCUCAUCAAAGAAUUCACACAGGGGAAAAACCAUAUAAAUGCUUGGAGUGUGGAAAAAGCUUUGGGCGGAAAGAUAACCUAAUUUCUCAUCAAAGAACCCACACAGGGAAAAAACCAUAUAAAUGUUUGGAGUGUGGAAAAAGUGUUGAGAAGAAAGAUAUGUUAACUUUCUAUCAAAGAAUUCACACAGCAGGAGGUGUAUGGGAGUCACCAAAUGAAACAAAAGAGCAACCUGUGAUGGAAAAAGAUACAUAUCCAGAUGUGAAAAUGAAUGUUGAAUAUUGUGAUGUGGUAAUGAAGGAAGGGGGGAAACACCUUCUCAUAUCAAGAACUAAUUCUGGUCUUUUACAGGGUGAUGAUACUUUUAACAUCCCUCUUCAAAAAAUAUACCAAGGAGACUGUAGGACUGAGUGUCCAGCAAGUGAGGAAAAUUUUCUUGAAACAUCAGACAUUAAUAUGCAUUCAGUUCCCCACAACAGAAAGAAAAUAUUUAAAUGCUUGGAAUGUGGAACAAGCUCUAGUAAGACUGGAAACAGUACUUCCCAUCAAAGAAUUCACAUAGGAGAGAAACCAUACAAAUGUCUGCAGUGUGGAAAAAGCUUCCAUCAGAGUUCAUACCUUAUUUCCCAUCAAAGAAUCCACACAGGGGAGAAACCAUAUAAAUGCCCAGACUGUGGAAAAUGCUUUGGGCGGAAAGAUAACCUUAGUUCUCAUCAAAGAGUUCACACAGAGGAAAAACCAUACAAAUGUCUGCAGUGUGGAAAAAGCUUCCAUCAGAGUACAUACCUUAUUUCCCAUCAAAGAACCCACACUGGUGAGAAACCAUACAAAUGCCUGAAAUGUGGAAAAAGCUUUGGACGGAUAGAUAACCUAAAUACUCAUCAAAGAAUUCACACAGGGGAGAAGCCAUAUAAAUGUCAGGUGUGUAAGAAAAGCUUCAGGGAGAAAGGUGCCCUAACUACCCAUCAAAGAAUUCACACAGGAGAGAAACCAUAUAAAUGCCUUGAGUGUGGGAAGAGCUUCAGCAGAAGAACGUAUGUUAUUUCCCAUCAAAGAAUUCACACAGGGGAAAAACCAUACAAAUGCCUGAUGUGUGGAAAAAACUUUGGACGGAAGGAUUACCUAACUUCUCAUCAAAGAACUCACACUGGAAAAAUCAUAUAAUUUAUUUGGGUGUUAAAAAAACUUUACUCAUUGUGCAAAUCUUAUUUCCCAUCAGCAUAUGAACACAUAAAGCUGCAUUAUCCUGAAUUGGACUUUUGGUCCAUCAAAGUCAGCUGCUCUCCAGGGUCCUGGGCAGAGAUCCUCCAUAUCACUUGCUACCUAAUCCUUUUAUUUGGAGGUGCUAGGGAUUGAACCUGGGACCUUCUGUAUGCCAAGCAGAUGCUUUACCACCUCUCACUAAGAAAUCAGAUGAAUUCAUGACAUGCAGAAAGAGCUUCUAUAGGACAAUUUACAUUAUUUCCUAUCAAAGCCUCCACACAGGAAGAAAAUGUAUAAAUGCCCGGUGUAUAGAAAAAAUCUUCAGUCACAGUGGAAGACUCACUUCAGUCACACAGAGAACAAACGUAAACCCAUUCUAGAAUACUUCUUUGCUACUCAGACUUUUCUUGAGCAGAGGCUGAGAGGGAGAGAAAGGGGAAAAAUCAGGGUGGCAACUUUAGGCAAGUUGUCUGGUGAGUGGAAAGAGAGAAGGAAGCAGGAAAAAUUGAGAGAGUAUGGGUCUUUAGCAUAUGGGUCUCCAGCUUAUAAAUAUUUAAACUUAGUUUGUUCUUACUCUAUGUUGUUGAUUGGGUUAUACUGAUAUUUUUGUUUUUCUGUAAAUGUCCAUGGGCAGAGAUUUAUGUAUUACAUUAAAUGAUUGCAACAUCAAA